AUGGUAUCAGAACUCGUACUUAAUAAACGUUCGUUUUUAGGUGUCACUCCACCAGGCGGAAAAGAGCAUUUCAUUGCUGCCGCAUUCCCGUCAGCAUGUGGCAAAACAAAUCUUGCAAUGCUUCAGCCAACCAUUCCUGGUUGGCAAGUUCGUUGCGUUGGUGACGAUAUCGGCUGGAUGAAAUUCGGACCGGACGGCCGUCUAUACGGUCUGAAUCCUGAAGCCGGUUUCUUUGGUGUAUGCCCGGGCACAUCGACAAAAACCAAUCCGAUGGCUGUUGCAACAUUCCAAAAGAAUAGCAUUUUCACGAAUGUUGCUGAGACGGCCAAUGGUGAAUACUACUGGGAGGGAAUGGAAUGUGACCUCAAGGUUUCUAGUAAUAAACACUCUUUCACUUGA